AUGGCUGAAAAUCAGCAUCGUCUGCAAGAAACAGACAUACAUAAUGAAACUGGUUCUCAUUCAACUUCCAGCAUUGAAACUUCAGCUUUAGUAUAUCAAAAAUCACUGAUCACAGCUUCACCAAAAGAGCAUGCCACUUUGACCAAACAGUUUGAAAAUGUGUCAAGUCUCGGAGACAGUGAUUCUCUGGCAACAUUCACAAUGGAUGAUAUUGUUUGUUCGUCUGAUCCUGGAGCUGUAUCCUUAACCUCAGUCCCACAACUCAACGAUGGAACAGACGGACUAGCAGGUCUGACACUGUUAGGUGGUAGCGGCGGUGAGUUCAUGAUCGUCUCCUCAGAAAAUGACCUGGAUGGCAAUGGAGUCAUUCAGCAGAAUGGACACACUAUCACACUCAGCUUGGAUGAUGCUACUAGGCUUCUGCUGCAGCAGGGCUUUGCUCAGGCCGUGGAGCUACCCGAUGGAACUUUCCAGAUUUUGAAACCACCUAUGGUACAGGUUGAGAGAGAGGAUGGUACCCUUCAAGCUCAGACACUCCACAUUGAAGUUUUACAAGCCUUGCAGGGUGAGCUGGCUCAGCAGCUUUCCAUGAUGGCACCCAGCUAUUCACUAGGAGAAGACAUGAACAGCCUCGAUGACAUGCCUUCAUCUGUUGUCAAAAGGGAAGUCAGUACUGAUGAUUCUCACAAUGAAACCUCUAUGGAUCACAGAGAUUCAUUGGAAGAUCCUUCUUUGGCAGAAAUGAAUUAUGAUGAAAAGGAGAAUGACUUUGUUAGUGGAGGAGAUAAUUUUGAGGAAAAAAGACACCAGAAUAAAGAGAGCAGAACAGCCACAGCAAAGGAUAGUGAAUACAAGCAGCCAGAUUUGAACUGCCCAAUACCUUUGUCUGAGCAGACAGUGGUCACUGUCAAGGGGAAGAAAUGUAUCCUGGCCUUCAACCAGGAGACCAAGCAAGUCUGUGCUUACCCCAUCAAGCCUCCACCUGGAACAAAACGCAGAGGUCGACCCAGAAUGACUGAAGAAGAAAAGGCAGUAGCAGCCGAAAAGAAGCGACAGCAACUAUCACAGUUUGCAACCAACCCUACGUCGCACACAUCACCAUCUGAGAAAAGCUCGGCCGCAGAAACUCUUCUCGAGCUCUCAAAUGUGGGUAA